CUCCGUCAGUCAGGGUCAGCUCGUGGCCGUCGAAACACUCGCUGAAUCAAAUAGGAAGUCGAUAAAGCAAUGAAGAGCAAAGUAAGAAAGGGAAGAGUAGGAGUCACAUAACUGAAGGAGAAAGAAAAGGAGAACAUUCGAGUGAAGAACUUGACGAAAAAGUUGAAGUCUGACCAAGGAUUAACAGGACCAAAUGAAAAGCAGAAAAUUCGAGUGAAGAACUUGACGAAAAAGUUGAAGUCUGACCAAGGACUAACAUAACCAAAUAUAGCAAAUCGAUACAGCAAUGUCGAGCAAAGUAAGAGAGAGAUAACUGAAAAAAAAAAGUAGAACAAUAAAAGUAAAAACCUAGACUGAAGAAAAUAACAGUUAGUCAAAUCGUGUGUCACCAAAGAACCACUAACAGAGAGAAGGAGAAGAGAGAAGGAUGGUAAAGUUGGCAAAAGUGUUCCUCGCGCAGUGCUGGGAAAAAAGGGCACAAAUAUCUGAAUAAGUGAAGAUAAGUGACAUUAUUUCAGUUUAGAAAAUUACGUAACACUGAAAACUAAAGUGUGUGAAUAAGAAGGGAGGAACGAGAGGAGAAGGAGGACCUGAGAAGCGAUACAAAGCGUUACAGAUCAAAAGAAGAAGAAGAAGAAGAAGAAGGAACAAAACCAAACAGCAAAUCGAUGAAGCAAUGACGAACGAGCUAAACAAGAAAGAGAAAAAGAGAAGAGAACAAAGAAGCCGUGAGUAAGGAGUGACAAAGAACCAGAGAAGACAGACAAACUUAACCUAACAUAAAAACACCAACACCUUUUAAAAUGACCAUGCUGUUCUCGCGCCAAGGCUGCUGCGCCCCGCGGGAAUACGAAGUCCUGGGGGGCGACGAAGAAGUUGGCAGCGGGGAGACCGAUGUGUUAGUGCGGGAGAGUAUCUGUGAGGACGAGGAGGAACUUCGCACAAGCCUUCGAAGCCUCCGGGAGCGUGAUAACGUGGGCGUGUGGGGGCGUGGGCGUGAGCGGUGGGCGGACGUGGCGUUCCUGGGCUAUGUGGGCUUGUACUGGGGGUUCCUCUUCCUCGGGGCGCUCUUCUUCUCGCACAUCGAAGGGCCAAUUGAGGACGGGAUGAUACGGAAAAUUGUGGAGAGCAAAGAGGAGUUCCUGAAGCGACAUCCGUGUGUAUCAGACUCAGCCCUCGAGGACCUCAUAGUGGAGAUCAUCACAGCGAACAACCGCGGCGUGUCUGCUGCUAAGAACACUGCCGGGGAGCACAACUGGUCCUUCGGGCAGAGCUUCUUCUUCUCCAGCACCAUCGUCACCACUAUAGGUUACGGCCAUGUCCACCCACUGUCUGAGGGCGGCAAGAUCUUCUGCAUCAUCUACGCCAUCAUCGGUAUCCCCAUGACCUUCAUCCUGCUGACGGCCCUCGUUGAGCGCCUCCUCCUCCCAACCACCUGGCUGCUCUACUGGCUAAACUCCAAGCUGGGCCAUCUCUACCAGCCGUUCAACAUCCGCGUGUUCCACCUCACCAUCAUCGGCUCCAUCACCUUCGGGUUCUUCAUGGUGGUGCCGGCGUUCAUCUUCGCCAAGCUGGAGCCUGGCUGGAACUUCCUUGACUCCCUCUACUACUGCUUCAUCUCCCUCACCACCAUCGGCCUCGGAGACUACAUCCCCGGCGACGCCCCAAACCAGCCCAUGCGAGCGCUCUAUAAAGUCUGCAUCACGGCGUACCUCCUACUGGGCCUGACCUUCGUGAUGCUGCUGCUGCACCUCUACAACGACAUCCCUCAGCUCAACCUAGGCCACUUCCUGCUGCGGGGCAUCGACGCCAACACAGGCGACCCCGAGAGGAUGAGACUGAGCGGCACAGGAGGUGUAGCCCCUAAAUACACACAGCACAAUGACCAGCCAGUCCGCCAGAAUGUCAAGGUGGUGUCCCGGCCAGUUGACUCCCCCAGCCCCGAGGAGGACACCACCCCCGUCCACGCCCAGAUGCCCCCCAUCAUCCCCCCCGCCAACCAAGGCACUGGUUAAGGUAGUCACCCUCCCCCUUAGCCUCGAUCUUUACCUCAGCGUUUUUUGUCCACUUCCUGUUUGUUGUCUUGUCAAUGUUUUGCCUUCGUCCGUUUGUUUUUUGUUUCGUCUUUUUCCUCUUAAUCUCACCAUCUUCUCUUUUUCCUAUUCUCUUGAUUUUUCCUCUUGUCUCUUUCCUUUUAACCUCACCUUCUCUUCUUCCUUCUUUUCCUGUUCCUCUCUCUUAGUUGGUUGCCUUCUACUUUUUGUUUUUCUUCUCUCAUCUCUUUCCUCUUUAUCUAACUUCCUCCUCCUUCUCCUCCUCCUUUUCCUAUUCCUCUUCCUAGUCAAUUGCCUUCUACUCUUCAUUUCUCCUCUCAUCUCUUUCCUCUCAAUCACACUUCCUUACCCUCCUCUUUCUUUUCUUCCUAUUCCUCUCUCUUUCUUCCUAAUCACACUUCCUCUUGUUCCUCUCCUUCCCAGUCAGCCGCCUUUCUUUCGUUAUUGUUUCACGUCUCUGUUAUUUAUACUCUCGUCCUCUCCUUGUCCUCUUCUCGACCUUUCCUCAGCUUAACAAACGGUGUACGUACUCGAGAAAGCGUUGAAUUCUUCCAGUGCUGCUAUAUAGGAAUGAAACGUGCUUUUUCUCCUCCGAACUUUCCGAUACUAACUAAAAUAAAAACCAAGAUGUACUAUAUUUAAAAAGCCUAACAAUUUCUUCGCUGUUGUGUGGUAUAGCGGUCUAACGAUAAUAACGACUCCUGUAUUUUCUUAUCGCUCGCUUUAGGGGCGGAAGUUCUCGGAGACUGUGAGUGAUCGUGACAAAGAGAGAGAAGGUUGGUAAUAAUACUCUCUCGUCUUCUUCUUCUUCUUCUUCUUCUUCUCCGAGGGGCAUCAUCAUGGAGGUCAUAAGGCGUCUUGCGUGUUAAGGAGAUACUGCAUUUAUUUUUCUGUGAUCUGUGAAUGCCGUAGAAUGUGUAUAGUUUCCCGUUACAAUGAAAUGUCUCGUGUGUGGAGAGGAUGGACGGAUGGAUGCUCUGUAAUCUGACACUCACGGCCGUGUUACAAGUUGAAUCCCAGAAGUUUCGGGUCCCUAAAGAGUUCGGGAUGACUAAACUCUGCAGUGACCCAAAACUUCCCGGAUUCGACGUGUCAUACGGCCCUUAAACCAAACUCUGUAGGGACCCGAAACUUCCCGGAUUCGACUUGUCAUACGGCCCCUAAACCAAGCUCUGCAGGGACCCAAAACUUCCCGGAUUCGACUUGUCAUACGGCCCCUAAACCAAGCUCUGCAGGGACCCAAAACUUCCCGGAUUCGACUUGUCAUACGGCCCUUAAACCAAACUCUGCAGGGACCCAAAACUUCCCGGAUUCGACUUGUAAUACGGCCCCUAAACCAAGCUCUGCAGGGACUCUGGACAUUCCAUUUAUCAUUUUUACGCUCCAAAAAUGUCGUAACCACACAAAUAACGGUAGGAAAUGAAAGUUAUCGUUAAAACUAUUGAAUACUAAUGGUUUUCGUUCUUCUUUGCCAUAGGUAUCGGUCAGAAACUACGAAAAUGCCAUGCCCUGUGUACGAUAUAUUUUGGCAAUGCUGGUAGGGACUCAAAACUUCCCGGAUUCGACUUGUAACACGGCUCAGAGUGGUGGGGUGUUUGUGAAUGCUGCCGCCGCUACAGACCUUCUCCUCUCGUCCUUUUUUGCAUCAUCUUCGAAUGGUACAUGACACGAUGGCCACAGAGGCAGUUAAGUGACUGGGGGAUGUUAUGAGAUUAUUAUUGUUCUGUCGGAGUAGCUGCCGUGAUGCUGUCUAGGUCUGUUAUGUAUUAUUAGGGUUCGUUUGCCAGUUUCUAUGGACUGUUUUAAUUUGUACUCAUGUCAAGAUGCAGUAGAGCCUCCAUUUAGCAGGUUUCUUCUUAUGGACUUCCUUAUAACAUACCCGAGAGCUGACUCUUUCACACACACCAUCUGAAACUGACCUCCCUUUUGGCCAUUCUUCUCUACUUUAUCUUAUAGGAGCAGAACAUUGCAGGCUUUUUUUUUUCAUUUAUUUUUUCCCUUGAGCUGCUUCCUUUUCUAUAAAACAAACACGCACACAUACACACACAUAUAAACAGAAGUCCCACCAGCCCCGAAUCAAUAAAUAUCAUUGGAAUAACAUCUCCAUUCUGCUUGGAUUUUUUGGGCACUUGUCUCUUGUUAAAUAGAGAGUCUACUGUAAAGGAAAAAUCUCUGGAAUUCUAAGCUUGAGGUAUAGAAGUGAGUGAUUAUCAAAAUGAACAUUCACAAGCAUUUUUUAUUUUGACAUUAGUUUAUUUUCAUUCUUCAGCUCAGUGCUCCAUUUUUUUCUUCUGAUAUGAGGUGUUAUUUUUUUUUCUCCUUCAUCUUUUUUUUCCUUUUCAUUUUCAUUCCUCAGCUCAGUGUUCCAGUUUUUUACCUUCUGAUAUAAGGUUUUAUUUCUACUUUUUCUUCUUUCUUCUUCGACUUCCUCUUCUUCCCCUGAUAUGAGUGCUAAUUGGAAACGUAUGUAUGAAUUCGCAAAUGUACCGUUCAUGUUAUUUAUCAUUUCCACGCUCGGAGGAGUCUGUGCCGUGUGUCGAGAGCGUGCGAAGUCUAUCAUCCUGUCCCGCAUCGGUUGGCGUCUGGAAUGGUCUGCUUUCUCACUGAUCUGCAUCCUUGGUUACGUUCAUAUCAGCAAGGAUCAUCGAGGUGCUAAACAAGUAGUGUGAGCUAGUGUUGCUGGCGUGUGUUGUGUUGUGUUGCUGACCGACAAAGGGUGAGCGAGAUGCGGCGCUCACUUCAGUAAAGACAUGUAUGAUAAUGACGAAUAAGUUAAGUCUCACACCACAGUCAUAUCCAUAAGGAGUAAAAGACCUCAUUUUAAUUUAGUAUAGCCAGAUAUUUUGUAUGGUGAGUUACAUAGUAUUAUAUUUUUAAAUAAACUAAGUACACAUUUCUUGCCUACGGAACCAGUUAUAUUUUUAUAGAUAAGUUACUCAUAGCUGUAAACCCUUUAUACUUGAUUCUCUUUUAUUUCUGAUCCCCCCAAAAGGACAGUACUCGAGUCUAUUGGUAUGUAUUAUAAUUUUUCUGCCCUGGGUGCUGGUAAUCCUGGGCUAGAUGACAAUAGAACCAUCAUACUGCUGACAAUGCAUACAGGCAGCAUUACCAAGACCAUGUGAACAGUGAGUCAUAUCAUUUUUCUUUUUUUACAACAAAGGAGACAGCUCAAGGGCACAAAAAAAUGAAACAAUAAUAAAAAAAAAGCCUGCUACUUGCUGCUCCUAAAAAGAAUCCAAAGAGGUGGCCGAAAGAGAGGUCAAUUUCAGAAGAGAGAGGAAUUUUCGGAUUAUACAGACAUUAUACAGGCAACAUAAAGGUCAGAGGGUGGGCCAGAUGAUGUGUCACCCCUCAGCGUAUGUCCCUAUUGACUGAUUGAUUACAGAGACCUUAUGUGAACAAGAGGAGUCAUAUUAUUAAACAGGCAAAAUAGUGUUUCAUAAGGUCAUAGGGUGGAUGAGGCAAUGUGUCACCCCCCAACCUAUGCUCCUAUUGACUGAUUGACUACAGAGACUAUAUGUGAACAGUAAGAGAAUUUUCAUUAUAAUAGGCAAUAUUGCAAAGACCAUAUAUGAACAGUAAGGGUCAUGUCAUCAUACAGGCAGCAUUAUCAAGACCAUAUCGUCACCUUCGUAAACAAACCUCCUAAGUCAAUGUUUUCUACUUAACAGGAAAUCAGAAAAGAACUGUCAUCAUCUCAUUUGGCUUAAGAUUUAGGCAGAAAUGAAAAGGCCAAUUCUAGAACACUCAAACCCUGAAUGACGAAGGGAACUGUGUUGAAAAAUUGAUGUAGACAAAAACCUGAAAAUCGCUGAAAAAUGACAGAGGCAAUUAUUUUAUGAGGGUGACGAUAUGAGGCAUGUAAUAAUAGAGGAGCUUAUGCAAGUCUUAAUGUCUUGGUAAGUAAGCCCCUCUCUCACUACACGUCUUGAAUGUAAACAGUAAAAUCACGCCAUUCUAGAGACAACAUUACAGUGACCAUGUGAAGAGUAAGGGUCACAUCAUCAUACAGGCAGACUAACAAAAAACAUGUGAACAGUAAGGUCGGUAUUAUAAGAGACUCACUUCCCACGUCAGCUAUUUCUAAACGUCAAAGAUUGGGUUAGUCGGGUUCUAAUGAGUGUUUCCUCAGGUUCAUGGGACAGAAGGGUCAGACUACCAGCAAAGUCAUAAAACUACUCCUGAAAAUGCCCACAACUCCUACGAAAGCCUUGUCAAAGAGGUGUUCUUGGGCGACUAAGUGUCUUAUGAUACGACCCUAAGUCAUGUCAUGCAAGUUACCAUUACAUCAGCAGUUCUUCCUUUUGUGAUAUUUAUUUUUUAUUUGACGACUCCUGUUUUUGUGUUGCUAUUUCAGAUCGUACCUGUUAUUAUGAUGCCUUAGUUUUCAGGGUUUAUGAUAUGGUGGCGGUUUUUAUUGAUCAUAACAAGUCCACAAGAGAGUACAAUAUUACAUCACCAUCUGGGUCAUCUUGUUUGUUUCUGUGGCUUAACUGACUGACUUAAAACUUGCUGGGUGUCUCAUGAGCCAGUGCUGGGUGCAUGGAGACUCCCAAGCUGUUACAUCUGAGGCAGGUGCUGCACAUUAGGUUACAGAACUAUUACUGCAUUCGUUUAGUAGCUUCUGUUCACCUGCUCACCGUGAUCUAAAUGCAUAGUGAUAAUGUGGUAUUUAGUUCACUGUGGAGGAAAAAUAUUGUUCUUCAUAUACUUUCCUCCCUGGCCACGCAUGAUCCAAAGUGUUGUGUGAGUUGGUUGUGUUUAUGAAUUUGAUUAGUUUGACAGUUCUUUACACUUAUCGUGUUUUGACUGAGGAUACGAACUGUGAGUGUGAAGGGGUCCGGGUCCAGACAUUUCACACUUGUAUGUAAAGGACCUGCAUUGUUCAGCUAUCUACACGCUUGUGUUUCUUAAAGUGGGAAAGGCUGUUUGUUAUAAUAAGUUUCCUGGCUCAACACUGUCAUGCUCAUGCUGCACUUUACUCACUCAAUACAUGGAGAGAAUAUUUUCAUAUUAAGUAGAUCAGUUAUUCAGCUCCAUGACAAUGUCUCUUGUGAACUGGUCUCAAAACUAUAUUACUUGAAAGACUUCAGUGAAGGAGCAUGUGCUGCUGCAUUUUGUUCUGGCCACUGCAAGAGAACAGAUGAACUUAUGUUUUGUCUCUUCAUCUGGAGGCUGAGUGUCCAGUGCAGAGCAUUGAAUGAGCCGAGGGAGAGGUGCUCAGUGUGUGAAGGCAAGCUUAGUUGUUUUUUCAUGAAAUUUUGAGAAUUUGGCAGAGAAAGAGAAAAAAAUAAUUGCUAGAAUAAAGGAGAGAAAACAAGACAUUACUUGCAAGAAAAAUGCAACACAAUUUGACAAGAAAAUAGGCCAAAGAAUGUUGUUGGGCAACAGAAAAAUGCAGAAGCACCAUUAUUUAGGGAACUUUGUCGCUAUGAUCGGUAAAAAGGAAAGUAUUUGUACUACAUGUCUGUGUUUCUGUCUUUGGAUCUAUACUUUGUUGUUCAUAAACAAACUGUAACUGUGAAUACUUAUGAUAAAGAAGUAGUGUGUGUGAGGCCAUGAGUGAGUGAGUGAGUGAGUGUGUAUUUGAAUGUGUGCCUACAGACUUUUCCUCCAUCAGGGUAGCAGUAGUACAUGACUGCUUUUAUUUUCCUCCAGAUUAUACAGAAGAUUCGCAACCCUGCCCUUGUACUGUACAUACUUGUACAUUAUUGUGCUUCUUCACUUUCUUUUUCUUAAGAAUCAUGUUUAUAUAUUCAGUUACUUAGUGCUGCUUUUGAUCUGAUAGCUUAUAUAACUGUGUGUGUGUGUGUGUGUGUGUGUGUGUGUGUGUUCGUGUGUGUGUGUGUGUGUGUGUUCGUGUGUGUGUGUGUGUGUGUGUGUGAAUGCCUUACUGGGUGCCUAUGAAUACUUAAGAUCUUGGUACACACAAACUGCCUGGGACAUACCAUGAACAUCCACUGUCACCACCUCCACUCACCCAAGCUAUGAUAUGAACAUUUUCAUUGGUCACCUUAAUGCAGUGGUUGCUAGUUAGGAAGCCAUAGCCAAGUUUACACGACCCAAGGCAGCCAACACUUUGGGGGCCAGGUGAGGGUCAUAAGUAUCUACAGUGACGUCUAUCAUUUCUUGUUAUGCAUUGUUGAUGUAAACCAUUGUGAACAUUCUUAUUGUUAUGGAUCACCUUCACCCAAGUCAUGUCAUAAUCCCAAUCAGUCAUAUCUUAAUACAUCUAAUUGAUUUUUUAUCUAUAACUUAUUGGAAGCCAUUAUCACUGGUGUUUAUUGCGGCACAGAUGUGAGUGCCUGGCAUGGAGAGUAUUGUGUGGGAGACCCUGUUGUACUGUCCUGCCCCCACCCAUCAAGGGAGUGUGCAUGUGUUUGUGUGCGUGUGCAUGCAUGUGUGUGCGUGUGUAAAUGACCUCUGGCAGGGGGUUGCAUGCAAUUCAAGAGAAACACUACUUUGAGGCUGCAGCGCUGCACCAAGACUUUAUUUUAGUAGUUUGGUUGUCAUGUCGGCGCCUCCUCUGUGAGGAGGUUUUGUCCCAUGAAGAGAAAUUUUGUAUCAGUAACGAGGUUGUCAUUAUUUUUACGAUUAUACGGCCAGAUGCAUUCCAUACCUAAGAGAUUAACCGUAUUAACGGAAACCUUUACUAUAAAUGAGUAACCAAGUCUGGCUUUUUGCCAUCUCCUGACUUUGAAACUUAUUUUAAGUUUAAAGUGAUGGUCAGGCAGCUCAGAGAGGACAAAUUUAUAUAUUUUCAGCAACUGAAAUCUUCACAGAGUAUAAUUUUCAUACAUUAGAAUUUGUCAGUAACAAAGGCGUUUGUAGAUGGAGAUUAGUAACAUUAUUUUUUUAUAUUCUCUUCAAGUUUAAAUAAUUUCAAACUUUACAUAAUAUAUUUUAUGCCUAUAUUUUUUAUAUUGUAAAACAGUUGCAAGUCAGUAUUACGUGUAUAUUUAUUGAUUCAUUUCACAUCCAGGAGAGCGAGUCACACACACUCCUUGUUCAGAGAUUGCAGACUAAAUCAGUGAGUUCAGACUCCAUUCCGCCCAGUCAUGAGAUGAAUUUAUAGUUCUUUUGACAAUACAUUUAUGGAUUUCUCAAUACUGCUGUGUAAAUACAAAAUAUAUAUAAUCAUGUACAUAAUUAUUUUUUGUGCUCCUUUGGUAAUGUGAAGAUUUAAGUGGAGCAUUCAAUAAGUAUAUGAUUUGAAAAUAUGUAUGUACAUUCAUGUGUAUAUUCACAUGUAUAAUGUAUCUUCUCAGUAUUUGAUAUCACUUCUACUGUUAUGUGCCCUGGAGUGACAAAGAUGAAUGUAUUCUCUGAAGUGACUGAUCAGAUCAGUGGCUUUCAUUUGCUGUUUGUUUGAAAUGAGUCCAUGGAAAGAGUUCAAAUACUUUGAAGUUUCCAAAGUUUACUUUCAGACUUUCUGAAUCUCACCUUUAUCUUCUAUGUAAAGAUUGUUGCCAUAGUUAAUAUUAUUCUGUCUAUACUUGUGGACAUAAUUAAAAACAGUGGAAAGAUAUAUUCUGCCUGUUUAGUGCACGUGUGUUGUGAAAUACAUAAACAGGUCCACACAGUAACGGACAAGGCUGAGUAUGUACUUGACAUGUGUGUCGGCAAGAGUCAACCACAUUUUUAGUCCCUCAUCCGCACAUUGCAACACGCUGUGUGUAUAAGUGAAAUCAACAUUUUCCAGGGUUCAUCAAAAUGUGUGUUUGUAUUUGUUUGUGUGUGUCUGCUGCAUCUCAUAAAUCUAAGGACAGGCUGUCAGAAUUUGACAUUUUUAAUUGUGACAUUGUGGUGGAUUGUUGAGGUUGAGUGGGAAGCAAACCAAGGAUUCGAACACCACAGCCAUGCAUGGAAACUUAACAGUCUGAGCAACUGAGCCACACUAUUUAGCAAUCACUUUGUCUCUUAUUUUUAUCAUACACUGAAGUACAUGUAAUACUUGACCCUAGAAGGCACCCCUUGUGGUAGAAUUCACACGUACAUACUUCACACAAACAGAUAGUGAAUAUGAAUUCAACUGAUCAUCAGUUCAGCCAACACAGCUGAAGUGGCAGACAUAUUUAAUUUCAUAUGAGCAUGACAUGAGGACAGUUAAUUAGAAUAUGUGCAUCUGUAUGAAAACAGUGCAUGAGUUGCAUUAGUACUGGCAGUGCAAGACAAUACACCUGGUAUGAAGAGUGAAUCAUAUACCAUCAAAAAGUGGGCUGGCACAUCCAAAUUGCUGUUUUCUCCGUGGGAUGAGGACUGAGUCGUGUUGACUGUUACUGCUGCAGGGAAGCAGUGUGUGAGCAGCAACGCUCCAUUACCAAGCUAAGUGCAUAGGACCUCCCCAAGUGCCUGGAUUACUGCAGAAGUUUCUUAGCAGAAGCUUCCAAAGUUCAUAUGUUAAGCCCCUUGGACACCUUGUGUUUUAUCAAGAUACCAUAGCAAAAUUACAUGGCUCAUAAGCCUCUGUAGCCAAUACCCAAGUUAUGUAAGUUAAUCUGUUACAGUUUAAGAGAAGGCAGGAGUUAUUACUGUAUGCUGCUGAACUGUUGCUAAAAGACCUAACAAUACACACUCCCCCAGUGCCUAUGGUGUGCCAGUGGUCUGUCUGUUGACAAGAUACAGUACGGGCGUUCCCACAUGCAGGUGUAGUAAGUUACCUGUGUCUGCCUCCUUACCCAGCAGUUAUUGAUUUGUGGUAUUUAAGUAUUUCGAGCACCACCACCAACCUAAAUCUGUCACUCAGUGGUUAUUUAGAGCCGCCGGGUGUCAGGAAACAUCAUCGUUACAUUAUUGUUUUCAUAAGUCUGUCCUCUUAGCUUGUGUGUGCAUGCGUGUGUGUUUGUGUGUGUGUGGGUGUGUGUAUGUGUGUGUGGGUGUGUACAUUUUAUUCUUAAAUUAAUUUGUCAGAUCAAGUCAUUUCUAGGGGUAUUUAGGUACAUUUUUUUUUUCUUGUUUUUUAAUGUAAUGAAUAGUGAAGUCUGUGAUAUCAUAUUUCGGAUACUGUUGGCGCACGAGCGGAGAUGAGGCUUGAUUUCCUUUGCCACACAGUAUUGACAGUAUACACACAUGACAGGUAUCUUGAACAUGAAUUUCCUGUAGGUUGAAUACUUAGCAUAAUAGCCUUAAACUACUCACUUGUUUUUGUUGCUGCGUGGCUUUGUUCUAUGAUUACAAACAAGUAAGAGAGAUGUAAUGACUGUGACUGACUGAUGACACUCCCACACUAUCUGAGGUGUCUGUAUUUGUGCUAGAAGAUGAUGUAUGUUUGUCUUGGCAUCUAUGUGUUUGUCUGUGUAUGUGUAUGUGUGUGGUGGUGAGCAGGGGGUGAGAAGCGAGGGUGGAGUGUGAUGGUCAUGACUUGUAUCAGCAGAGGGCCAGUUCCUGAUCAGUUUUCACUCUUAGCUGCACUUCACAUAUCUCACAUUUAGUCCCUCAAAGGUAGUGCUUUAGAUUAUUUGUUACAUUGGAAGCUUAUGAAACUUUAUUGACUUGCAGUACAUUGAAAUCCAACCUUCCUGUAUGAACAUAUCAAUUAAAUUAGUAUUGGUUGACCACCCCAAACAGCUGUGGGAUUUGUUUAAUAAGUGGUGUCCUUGUUUUCACCAGUGGUCUUUCAGCUCCUGAGAAAGGAAAGUUUAGUGACUAUAUCCUAGUGAUCACUACAUAGUGAGCCAUUAAGACGGCUUUUAAAGGUGCAGAAACUGUUCUUUACGUAAUAUUUUAACGUGGCAGUGCAGCAGAGAAAAGACAUGUUGAACUCAUACCUAUAGUGAGAGCGGUGUGUGUCUCAAUCUCCAUGUUGUGUUGCAUCAAUAGAAGCUGUUCACCAAGCAGUGUGCCGGACACCACACCGGCUUCAUCCUUCUGCCAGUGUUUUAAGGUGAUGGGUUGGUUAUUUGCUAGGCCUAGGCAGGUGUAUGCUGAUUUAUAAGUCAUUCUUAACUAAUUAAGAGGGUGAUAAAUUACUCUUUUUACCUUUUUUAUGGAUUUUCUUUAUAGAUAAACAACAUCAGUCUCAUUCAGCAAGCACUGCUUGGUAAACAUCCUCAUUCUGUUGUAUUCGUUAUUGAGCUGGUGGAUUGCUAACUUGAAGGUGUGUGAGCAUAAAUUAGUAUUAUGGACUAGGAGAUGGGGUCUUGUUUUGUUGUUUAAACUUUUUGCCUUCCUGAGUGUAUGAAAUACAUAAGAUUAUGGUGGUGGUAAUGAUGGAGGAAGAAUAAAAAGAGGCAUUAGGUCUUUGUGAGAAGUUAACAAUCACUAUAUUUGUCACUGCACGUAGACACCAACACUUAGCUGCUAAUAUUAAAGGUUCUGAAUGGGGGAGUGGCUCGUGCUGCCCUCGGGUCACUCGUCGCCUUGGGAUUCUAGGCUAAAAGAUUUGUCAGCUUGAUUCAGUGUACUCAUGACAAUACUACUCAUUAUGAUGUAUGUAUAAUAAUGAUAAUUAUAUGAAGAGUAAAUAGUAAACAAUUUAUUCAGUGAAAUUAUAUAUAGAGUGAUAAACAUUAAUCUCAAAUGUUAUUUUUGUAACCAUCAUAGCCGUGCGGGGCACUACUAGAACACCGAGCACUGUAGGGAAGCACUUGUAACGUUGUUUAGCUGAUACACGUGAUUCACGCCAAAAAUAAAGACGUAUAUUUUGCAAAAUGAUAUUGUGCCAAACUUUUGCAUUUUCUACUCAGUACUCUAUCAGUGAGAAUACUUUUGAUAUUCCUCGCCACUGUAGUCAGUUCAGGUUGACUCUAGAUGAAUGAACUCUUCCUCUCUCCCCACUGAAGUCGUUAAAUCUUUGGUUGAUGUCCUGGAUGAGGUACAGUUUCUUUCCCCUUUUCUGUAUGAUUGGUGGCUGGUGGGUGGAGGGAGGCAAGGCAUAGGCACUGAGUAUUCUGACUGACUACUAGUAUUGUUGCAGUAAGAAGGAUGUGUUGACAAUCUGUGAGACUGCAUUAACCUGGUAGCAGCGACGGGUCAAAUUUGUGGCUUUACCGUGCAGCAGCGACGGGCCAAAUUUGUGGCUUUACUGUGUAGCAGCGACGGGCCAAAUUUGUGCCAUGAUAUAAACCCCCCAAAAUAGAUGAUACAUAAACUGAUCACAAAUGCUUUGAUAUAGAUUAUGAAAUGUUUUGUAUGAGUGAUGAUUUUUUUCUCAUUUUUUUCACUUAGAGGGACCAUUAAGAAACAUGAUCCCCGCUGCUACCGGGUUAAGUAUAGACAUUCUUUAGGAAUGGAAAAGUUGAUACAUUUCUCAUAAUUCCUUUUUACAUCCACUCUUUGUCUUAAAAUUUUGUAUGUGUUUGUAAAAUAAUCCUACCAAUUUUCAAAACAUCCCUACAAAGCAUAGAAAAGAUCAGAAUAUAGAAUCCUUCCAUUAUAUCUGAGUUGAAAUAAGAAGUUUUGCAUUACAGUUUAAUUUGAACGUGUGGGUCACUCAGCGCUGACGGAGGCUUUUCUUCCUUAUUUUCUUCAGCUCCUUCAACCACCUAAUGCACUCCUAAUAGUUAGUGUAUAUUUCAUUGCACCUGUGUUCUGUGUCAUGAGAGAUCUGUUGUGUUGAGGCUGUUCUUGGCACGCUGAGGUUGUUUUGUGUUUCCUAGUUUAUCUUGAGGACAGACUGUUGUGUGGGGCAGUUCAGUGAGUUGUGUUGAGCUACUGUGGUGUGUCAUUCAUACCAUGUGAUGAGAAGAGGAUGUGCACCAGUUUGUACGCACCAUCCAAGUUAGUGUUCAUAUCAGAAAAAAAGACUAGCACUCUGAAGAUUUUAAUGGUGGUAUACCAAUUAACUACAGUAAUGUCAAAAUAAAUAAUGUUUACCAAUCGUUAUUAUGAUAAUACAACAAAUUUUUGACCCAUGGCUUUUUGUGUCAUGAUCAAGAUAAUUUAGUUUCCCAUAUAGUAAAAAAUUGUAUUGAUGCCUGGAAUGAGUUUGAAGUGGAGGCAGUGUGAGGAAGGUACAUCCAUGGCUUGAAGUCUAGGAUGAGAUUAGAUAUGGAGGCAGGUCGACAUGAGAUCAACUUAAACUUAAAUCCCUUAUAUGCACUUUUUUUUUCUUUUUUUCUUUUUUUUCUUUUUUUUUUACAGGAAAGGAUCAAGGCAGCUCAAGGGCAUAAAAAAAGUGCAGAGGAAAAAAAAUCCCUCUAAAUGCCACUUCUAAAAAUAUAAAAGUAAAGAGUAGCCAAAAAAAAGGUCAAUUUCGGGUGGAGAGGUGUAUUGAUACUAUAAUAAGGUAAAUACAAACUGGUGUACAUACUCUACGGUCUUUAUGAACCCAGGUAACGGCAAGGCAGCCCAAACAAACAUCAUCAUCUUUACGACAUUGACUGAUCACUUGUCACGUCACCCAUCCUGCCCUACCUAAGCACAUUCAUGAUCUGUACCGAUGCCCAGCAUACCACACAUUUGAUUAAGACCCGGCCAAGAUUUUGCGUGGAAUUGUAUGUCGGAGAAGAAAUAAAACGCCUAAAAAAUUUAAAUGAGAAACGGGAAGUGAGUUUUUGAUGUCGGAAUCUAUAAUUGCAAAUGUGUACAAAUUGGCAGACAUACAAUAGCGAUUCCUAAGGUUGUGCUUCCACUGGCCUAUCGGAGGUCAGUCGUCUAAUUCACUACUGCGCUGACGAGUUGGUGCAUAUUAGGUGAUAUUCGCACACUACCAAGAAUGAGUAUACAGUGUUGCCUUUUGCUGUCACAUACAAAAACCUCAUACUGGUGAUUGUUCCAAGGUGUAAUAAUGAUAUAGUAUGUGCAUAUAACAUAUACUAGGUGUCAUCUUGUUGGUAAGGGUGUGUGUUUGUAUGUGUGUAUGUAACAUGUUAUCAAAAAAUUUCUGUAUCUUCUCCUCCCACUUCUCUUAGGGCUCUGAUAGACUGCGUGUUGGAUAAACGGUGGAGAACUAAUUGACUUAACCGAUUAUCCGUGUCGAGCUCUUGAUUGUCAGACUUUGGUGGCCGAGUGUAGCAUCCUCUUAUCCUUCAUCUGCUCCCUCUCCCUUCUCCCUUACAUCACCCUCCUCCCCCUUGCUCUCCCUCUCACUGCACUUUACUUAACCUUCCUCCUCGUCCCUUCUCCCUUUUUUUUCUCUUCUUUCCCAUAUAUAUCCUUCUCUCCAUGUAUCCCAUUCCUCAACCUCACCCUUACUCCCUUCUCCCAACUCCUGUCUCAUCCUCCAGCCCCCAUAUCCCAGUCCUUCCUCUCCUGGUCCUCCUCCUAUUCCGGUUCACUGCCCAGCGGAGAAUCGAGGCCCCCUGUCUGUCAGUGUGUCUGUCUCUACAUCAUCAAGGCGUUAAGUCAAGUUUUUCUCUGGUAUACUUUUUAUGUUGUGUCUUGUAAGUGUUAUGACGUUUGCAGAGUUUUGUAAAAUCCUGUAUAUUUACCUUGUACAGUUGUUGUUGCAUCUCAAAGCUAAAAAAUAAAAUGACAAUAGAA